GAUAUUUUAAAUUUAAUCUUACAAGGUACAAUGUUUAGUCAGACAUUGUGGGGAGAACUCCCCCCUCCUUCAGACAGUGACAGGGGUAUAGCAGCUCUGGAGCGAGAACAAAUGACAAAGCUGAGGUCCAUAGAAGUGGAAGGCCCUCGUCUGCACCAACCAUCCAGUCGUCAUCAACCCCCCUCUAAAGACCCUUUACCAGCUGAGAAAUUUGAGAUGGACCCAAUUCUUGUUCACACAAUUAAGUUAAUGCAGCAUUCAAAGAAAUUGAGGAAUAUGAUUACUAAUAUACAACAGCAGCAGGACGGAAUGGAUGUAGACAUGAAUUUCCCUCCUGCACCCCCUAUCCCAGAAUACACUGGGCCGCCAAUCAAAAACAGAAUGAUAGGACCAGUUCCAUUUCUUCCUAAAGACACUGAAAGUGACUUUGUUAGAGGGGUUGGUGAAGUCCCACCAGUGGUUGAUGAAGAGGCAUGUCAUAAAUUACUCCGGAAGUCAACCGCAGCACUGUGUGCACAUCUAGGAUUUGACAGCUGUAAUGAGAGUGUGUUGGAAACAUUAACAGAUGUAGCACAUGAAUAUUUCCAAGAUUUUUGUACAAGACUUAGAAAUGCAGCAGACAACAAGCUUUUACAUGGAUAUUCAGGCUUCCCUGAUAUUGUGGAACAAGUUUAUCAUGAGAUGGGAAUAGGAAGCGUUACGAAUAUUCAUGACUUCUACCAGUCACGGAUCAUUAAUCACCACGCCUCAAUGCAGCAGACCUGUGCUCAGCUAAUGACUGAGUAUGAGAAGCUGAAACAACCAAUCAUGAAUAAGCAAAUGGAUACAGUACCAGUUAUCAGAAUCAAGGAGGAGUCUUCUUCAGAGAUCCAGUUUCCUGUGUUGGAUGAGAACGAUGAACUUAAUGAUGCAGAGCAACUGUUACAGUUAGAAGGUUUGGGAGGAUUUGAAAUCACAGUUGAGCAUGAGUCUGCCCGUGGACUCACAACAGAGGUUGAGUCAAAGUGGACAAAAGAGGGUAUUAAAACUGAGCCUGUGGAUACUCCAGUUACAAAUACCAGGGUAAGCACACUAGAUGAUUAUGAUGACCCCAGCAGUAUCAAAGUACGGACACCUCGAACCCCCGCUCAGAUGAGUGAGGGUGGGGAUAUCUCUAACCCAGGAUCUGUGGCAGCUUCUGAUAUCAUGUCUCCUCCGUCAAUAUCUCGACCAAGCAAGCCCAAGAAACGGAAAAAGUGAAGACAAUGAGAAAACUUUUGUUCAGCUUGUGUUAUCCACCAGAAUUUGUGUGAUCUGAAGGUUUUUUUUCAUUAGCUUAAGAGGAAGUGUUCAAAGGUCAUGAAAGAAGUGAAAAUUAAAAUCAAUUGUUUCAAUGUAAUGAAUCUCUUGUUUAACAAAAUAUUUGUGUGAAUGAAAGACAAUUUCCUGAAUGAUAGUAUGAAAGUAUAGAUUAAAAAAUUGUUUUCAAUAAUAAUGUAUAUAUGUACCAAUGCAUUUUUACAAUAGUG